AUGCCGCCACAGCAGCGCAAAGUCAACUACGCCGCGCGCAAGCGCACAGCGACUCUGCCCGCCAAGCUCCGCGACGAACUCGAGCAGCUCGGACAUAUAGCGCCACAGAAGGGGUCGGGCAGGCUUGGGAGGAAGGACAGGCGCAAGGCUGAGCGCAGCCAGGCCAAGCAGAACAAGGCGCAGCACCAGCAGGGGAAGAAGCGGGCGUCACGGGACGAAGACGAGGACGAGGCGGAGCCGAGGCAACCUGUCGCUUCGACGAGCAAGGCUGCUGCGCCUGCGCAGAAGGCAGACAAGCCCGCGAAGAAGAAGGCGCGGCUCGCAGUCGACCAGGAGGACGAGGCAGAUGCCAAACCACAGAAGAAGCAGACGGCGCUCGAGAGGCUGGUCGCCAAGCAGGAGCGAGGGAAAGGACCCGACCCGGCGAGGAAGAAGUCAAAGACAGAGACGGACGAGGACAGGGAGAUUGCGUGGCUCGAGGCCAAGCUGGGCAUGGGAAGAUCGCUCUCCUCGUCGGAGAAGGGCAAGAUGCGCGAAGAGUUCGACGAGGAAGGGCUGGGAGAGCUGUUCGAGGGACUUGACGAUCUCGAGGGAGCGGCGUUUGGCGCGACGAAGAAGGACUACGCCCAGCUGCUACGAGAGAAGGCCGACGAGCUCGACCUCCCGUCCGACUUCGACCUUGACGACCUUGCCUCCGGCGACGGAGGCGAAAGCGCUGACGACUUUGCGGGAUUUGACGCGGGUUCGGCGGACGACGAUGACGCGUUUGGCGAGUACGGCGUGUCGGACGACGAGUUGCGGGAUCCGAGCGACGACGAUGAUCACGAGGAGAUGGGCGAACUGGGCAGUGAAGGCUCGGACGACGACGAGGAGAUGCUGAACGAGUCGGACUUUGAGGAGGAUGACGAGGAGAUCAACGAUGAGGAGCAGGCGGAUGACGCUGGCGAGGGUGAUGAGCGGGCGCGCACAGUGCGGUUUGCGGACGAGGCGGAGACGGAACCUAUGGCUCCUCAAGGCGCUGAGCCAACACCGGCAGCUCCCCCGGCGCCUGCGACUGGUCGCUACAUCCCGCCGCAUCUUCGCAAAGCCGCUGAGGCAGCAGCAGCGGCAGCCGCCUCCUCAACUCCCGCUCCUCCCCAGGCCAAGGCGCUUGAUGCUCCGCCUGAGGACCCUCGCCUGCGUCGCCAGAUUCAGGGCCACCUCAACAAGCUCUCAGCGACCAACAUGUCCGCCAUCGUCGACGCUCUCAUGUCGCUCUAUUCGACCAAUCCUCGCGCUGUCGUCUCGACCACCUUGACCUCCAUCCUCCUCGGAAUCAUCUCUGACCGCGACAACAUUGGCGAGCAACUCGUCAUCACGUACGCAGCGCUCGUUGCUGCCCUCUUCCGCACGGUCGGCAUUGAGUUUCCGGCUGGCGUGGUCGCCCGCUCGGUUGAGUUGUUCGACGCAGCGCUGAAGAAGCACGUCGAUGCCGCCCACGCGCCUCAGACAGCCAAGGGUGGGUUGACGGACGAGGACGGCUUCGAAGGACGACCGGGGAGCAAAGAGUGCCUCAAUCUCGUCACGUUCGUCGCCGAGCUCUACAACUUCCAGGUCGUCCACUGCGGCCUGGUGUACGACUUUGUGCGCGUGUUCAUCGAGGGCGGACUGGGCGAGUUGGAGGUCGAGCUGCUAAGCAAGAUCAUCAAGCGCUGCGGUCAGCAACUCCGUUCGGACGACCCGUCGGCGCUGAAGGACAUCAUCUCGCUCGUCAAGCAAAAGAUGCAAGGCGUCGACCCUGCCUCGAUGAACUCCCGCACCCGCUUCAUGGUCGAGCAGCUCACGAACCUCAAGAAUAACAAGUUCAAGCAGCCUGGCGCGGACGGUGCGGUGGACAACUACUCGCAGCUCAAGAAGUUCUUGGUCGGCUUGAACAAGAAGCGUGCGACUGGCUCCGCCCCCGAAGCUUUGCGCGUCUCGCUCUCCGAGAUCCGAGCCUCCACAACCCGCGGCAAAUGGUGGCUCGUCGGCGCAGCCUGGUCCGGCGACCCGCUCGCCAAGACGUCGACGGGCGGAGCGACGCUGCCGGUUUUGCAGACGAAGGAGGCGCAAGGGGACAAGGAGCUGGCGAAACUUGCGAGGCAGCAGGGGAUGAACACAGAUGUGAGGAAGGGUAUCUUCAAUGUUUUGAUGAGCAGCGAGGACUACAUCGACGCUUGCGAACGGCUUCUCCAGCUUGGCUUGUCCGACGUCCAGCAGCGCGAGAUCGCCCGCGUACUCCUGCAGUGCUGCGGCAACGAAAAGACCUACAACCCCUACUACACGCUCGUCGCCCAACGGCUCUGCACCAAAUCGCACUCCUUCCAAAUAACCCUCCAAUACCUCCUCUGGGACUUCCUCCGCGACCUAGGCGAGAAGAGCGUCGGCGGCGAAGAGCUGGUCAAGUCGAUGCAGGACGCGGUGGAUGGGUCUGGAGGAGCGGGGAGUAAGGUCUCCGAGAGGAGGAUGGCGCAUUUGGCGAGGUUGUAUGCUUGGUGUAUCGCUAAGGAGGCGCUGGCGAUCAAUAUCCUCAAGCCCGUCCCCUUCAACUCCACCCUCACCAAAACCACCUUCUUCCUCUCCCAACUUCUCAUCUUCACCCUCCUCGGCACCCAAACCCCCUCACCAGCCUUCUCCCUCCCGCCCUCCACGACCCGCAAAGACCGCGAGUCCGUCGAGCGGGUAUUCGUCAAGUCUGCUUCGAAUCCGAGGUUGCAGAAGGGGCUGGGGUACUUUUUUGAAGUGCAUGCGGAGGAGAUGGGUGAGUGGGCUGGGAGGUUGGGAGAGAGGGAGAGGACGGUGGUCAAGUGGGGUAUCAAGGUCGCUGCGGAUACGCUGAGCGUUGGAGGCAUUGUCGACUUUUAG